AGAAAUAAAAAGUUUAAAGCACGGGGAUUUCAAAGGUAUUUCCGCUCUUUAAGUACUCCCUAUUUUAUUGUUGUCUCUUGGCUCUCUGUUAGCUCUUAAGCUAUUUCCGCUCUUUAAGUCCCCGAAAUCCACUCUCGCCGCAAACAUUCGUGGGUAUAUCCGAUUCGGUACCGAAGCCCAACGAAUCCAAAGAGCUAAAAAUGGCCGCCUCCAUGUCCACCGUUGCUACCUUGAGAGCCACCUUCCACCACCGCCACCUGAGUUCCUCCACACAUGUCGCCUCCUUCCCCACCACCGUCUCCCUUCCCUCCACCACCACCAACGCCGUCACCGCCAAACCCAUGUUCAUUUCCUGCAACUCAGCCGCCGCCACUGCACCCGUCCAAGCCCCACCGCCGUCCUCCAUUUCUUCAGACCGCGUCUUCAACUUCGCCGCCGGCCCCGCCACGCUCCCGGAGAACGUCCUCAGGAAGGCGCAGGCGGAGCUCGUCAACUGGCGCGGCUCCGGCAUGUCGGUCAUGGAGAUGAGCCACCGCGGGAAAGAGUUCCUGUCCAUCGUCCAGAAAGCCGAGUCAGAUCUGCGGGAUCUGCUCGGCAUCCCCGACGAUUACGCCGUCCUCUUCCUCCAGGGCGGCGCCACCACCCAAUUCUCCGCCGUGCCGCUCAAUCUCUGCUCCCCCGACGACGCCGCCGAUUUCAUCGUCACCGGAUCGUGGGGAGACAAGGCUUACAAGGAAGCCGGCAAGUACUGCAAGCCGAAUCUGAUUUGGACCGGAAAAUCGGAGAAAUACACCCAGAUCCCGAGCUUCGACGACCUGGAACAAAACCCUAACGCCAGGUAUUUGCAUAUAUGCGCCAACGAAACCAUCCACGGCGUGGAAUUCAAAAAUUACCCAACGCCGAAGAACAAUUCCGGCGUUCUAGUCGCAGAUAUGUCUUCCAAUUUCUGUUCCAAGCCAGUCGACGUUUCCAAAUUCGGAAUCAUCUACGCCGGAGCUCAGAAGAACGUGGGUCCCUCCGGCGUCACCAUUGUCAUAAUCCGGAGAGAUCUGAUCGGAAACGCAACCGAAUCCACGCCGGUGAUGCUGGAUUACAAGAUCCACGCCGACAACAAUUCCCUGUACAACACUCCCCCAUGCUACGGGAUUUACAUGUGCGGGUUAGUCUUUGAAGAUCUACAGAGUCAGGGAGGACUGGGGGAAGUGGAGAAGAAGAACAAGAAGAAAGCCGAGGUCCUGUACGAAGCCAUUGAUGGCAGCAAUGGGUUCUACAGGUGUCCGGUGGAGAAGCCCGUGAGGUCCUUAAUGAACGUGCCGUUCACAUUGGCAGAGACGCCAUUGGAGGCCGAGUUCAUAAAGGAGGCUGCUUCGGAGAAGAUGGUGCAGCUGAAGGGGCAUAGAUCAGUGGGAGGAAUGAGAGCUUCAAUUUACAAUGCCAUGCCAUUGGCCGGAGUCGAAAAGCUGGUUGCAUUCAUGAAGGAUUUCCAGGCAAGGCAUGCUUGAGACUUGACACUUUCCAUUAUUUGCCAUUUUUGGGGUUUGAUUUAUGCUUUAAACAUCUUUUUUUUAUUGUUUUCUUUUUUCCUAUGGUUGAUUCUAAGCAUUGCAUAUGUUUUGAUUAUCUUUUCUCUUCUUGUUGUUCUCCUUUUGAAGUAUAAAGAGCAUUUCAUCCUCCUCAAUAAUUAAGUAAUUGGCUU